AUGGAAGACGAUGAACCGAACGGCUUCCCUGGCCCGGAAGCACCAGCGACCUCACUUGGUGACCUGGAUGCCCAAAGAAUCCACGACCGGUCUUCAAUGAGAAAACAUCGCGCGAGUGUGGCCUGCAAUUACUGUCGCUUCCGCAAAGUGAGGUGCAGCGCAGAUGGCGUCAAACCCUGCUACAACUGCGUCCUGGAUCGGGUCGAGUGUGUCAUCCCUCGACGGCGACCGCGAGGCAGACCUAAAGGUCAAAACCGAUCAGUGGCUUCCUGGGCCACCUCCCACACCGGUCCUCAUCAAUCGGUCGAACCAAGCGAGCCAGUGCCGGAGCCCUUGCCCGAGCCCGAGCCCGAGCAAGAGCCAGCGAACUCCUGGUCCGGAUCCUGGCUCCCGAUCAAGGCUCCUCCUCAGGCCAAUGAGUCUCAUGUCCCUUUAGCGGUACAACAACCUUGCGACGCUCUUGAUAGUAACUCACCCUUCGAAUCGUGGGAGGCACAGGAGACUGUCGCCCCAGAUCGACAUUUCGACUGGUAUGGGGCGGCCACGCAGAGUCUGACGUCUCCCCUGUCGCCGAGUAACAACACGACACUUCCUCGCUUAAAUGCCCCUGUAGACCCGUUAUAUGCAACAGCCACGUCGCAUGAUGAUGAUGAGGGUGAUCAAGAACUUCCACCGUACGUCCGGCCAUUUUCGUCGGACUGUCCCUUUGAAGAUUUGGUCUAUCUACGCCGGAAGGGUGCCUUGACGUUGCCGGAUCCCGAACUGCAAAGUGACUUGCUCAAGAACUACUUUGAACUCGUUCACGGCUCCCUCCCCCUCGUCGACCGGGAUUCGUUCCAGGCCAGCAUCAGGAACCCGGCGCGACAUGGAACUAUCAGCCUACUGCUGCUGCAGGCCAUCAUGUUCUCCGCCACCGCCUGGGCCGAUGUGAAGCUGGUACGGCGUGCUGGGUUCCUCACCCGCGAUGCCAUGCGACGAGCAUAUUACAACAAGACAAAGUUGCUGUACGACUUCAACUACGAGCGUGAUCGCCUCGCCAUCGUUCAAUCCCUCACUCUUCUUACCACCUGGUGGGUGACGCCCACUGAACAAAAAGACGGCUACUACUGGUGCAGCGUAGCGCUGGCCGUGGCGAAAUCUAUUGGUCUGCACCGAGAUGCCCACAGUGAAGGUCUGCCCGCCCCUGUCCGGCGGCUCCGGCGACGCAUCUGGUGGUGCUGUCUGAUUCGCGAUGCCAUCACUUCUCUGGGGUGUAACCGGGCACCCAGAAUCCGGUCCAACGACUUCGUCGUGGCUCCACUCACUUUGGAGGACCUGCAGCGAUCUGACGGGUCCUUGGAUGCGAAUCGGCCGCCGAGCCAUGUCGAUCAGACGGAAACCAAGCUAGCUUCCAUAUGCAUUGCUUCGACCAAGCUCUGCCGGAUCCUGAGCGUCAUCGUGGACCUGUUCUACGCGGAAAAUCCCAUCGGCCACGUUGGCAUUCUUUACCCCAAACAGGACAACAAUCCCGUGGACGAGGCGUCGGGUCAAACCCUCCCUAUCGAGAACGGUCUCGAAAAGCUCGAGAUGUGCGAACAGGAGUUGCAGAAGUGGCGCGAUCAGGUGCCGGACCAUCUACUGCACCAGUCUCCCGUUCCGAUGACGGCCUCUUCCACGGAGCAAGCGGUCAUCAUCCACCGUGCCCUCCUGGCGAUGCUGUAUCUCGUCGCGCAAUUCUGCCUCCACCGGCCGCGGGCCCUGGCGGACGGCGCCAGCAGCCUAGGGGCCGACCCCAACCAGACGCGAGCGUCCCAAAAAUCAAUGCGCGCGGCCGCCGCGAAUCUCAACAAGAUCGUCAUGGACAUGUACCAGGUCGACCUGGUGCGCCGCCUGCCUGGGACUUGCAUCUCGUGCAUCCUCACCAUCAGCUGGAGUCACGUCUUUGAUUUGCAGUCUCCGACCGCCGAGAUCCGCCGGGAGGGGGCUCGACGGUUUGAGGAAUGCAAGCUCGCGCUGAGGGAACUCGUGGAAAUCAACGUCGCCGCCGAGUGGGCGAUCGGGUUCUUGACCUUUGCCGCAUCCCACGUCAGCCGUCUGUUCAAGCGGCGACAGAUGCAACCACCCAGGGCGUCAGCCGCGGGGACGGGUGGUGGCUUGUUGAGGAGAAGGACGCCGAAUCCGACGCAGCACGUCGCCACGCCGUCCAAUACCGCCACAAACUCGACCGGUGCCGCCGCCCGCGAUGCUUCUCCUACCACUCGAGACUGGACCAGACCCAACCCGUACGACUUGGAGGCAGAAACGCGUCAGAGGUUGGGGGUUGGGUUUCCCGACUACGAGGACACGGUAUUGACCGGGCCAGCCUUCAGACUACCGGACGACGACCUGUUCAACCUGGACUUCUCCGACUUGACCGACAUGUGGGUAAGCAUGCCCCGGGCUUGGGACAUGGCGCAGCCCUCGCCGGGUACGUGA